AUGGGACAGUGGUGGGUUGAUUCCCGCAUCGAAGCCACCGUUACUCGGUCGUAUGUCGUUAGCCAACUCCUCCCCGAUGAGGUCGAGCGCUUGGAUCGUCCCGUUGCCUUUGGUGGUGAGGAUCUAACAGAGCGCACGUACUGGGAGAGCAUUCGAAAUGAUGCGCCGCGCCUAUUUCUCAUCCUUGUCGACCUUGGUGUACCAGAUCAGAUCUUUGGCGUUGUUGACGAUGGUUGGGAUGAUGCCGAGCUUCCAAUUGCCCUUGAAGAUGUGGACCGACUCUUACUAACCGCCACCCGCGACGAGAGAGUCGAGAGGAAGUUCUAUCAGCGCCAAUUUCACUUCCUCUUGAAGCCCCUACAACGUGGGAACCACGUAGCUUAUAAGGACAAUGAGGUAGUACCGCUAGACAUCGUCGAAAAGCCUUCGCUACCGACGCACAAAUCAAAUGGGCACGACAAGGUCAAACUCCCCAAUGUUCCAGGACAAGUCUUUUCUCGGCGGCGAUAUGUUCUUGGUAACGGGCCAGGGGCUAUGCCCACGCAGGACUUUCUUGAUGCGGUUCAAGGGAUCAAGGUUCUGCAAAACGAACACAUGAUUUCGUACUGGGCAUCAUAUACGCAGCACGGAUAUGGAUACGUUCUCUUUACGCCGGCAAGCGACUUUACCCUCAAAUCGUUCUUGGCGACAACGCCUUCACAGUUCAAGAAUCUUGCGAAAGCUCGCCGAAGAGAGCUUGUCAUGAACUGGAUACUUUGCCUCGUCGAUACGCUCUGUGACUUCCACAGCAAGAAUCAGUCACACGGAUAUAUCAAACCUUCGACCAUCUUCUUCACCAACCAAAAUCACGUAUUUUUCUCCGAUUCGACUCGACUUACACCUGAUAAUGUGAUACUUCACACUGACAAAUCAUCAUUCGAUCGCGAACGGUAUGAUUAUGCGGCCCCAGAGCUCUGGUCUCGACCUACUGGGGCAACAAGCCCGUCAAACCGUUUCCCGUCUGCGGACGAAAGUCAUUUUGGCAUGAUUCAGGGCUACGAUCCCAGCGGCUCGCCAAAUGGCAUGUUCAUCGCCCCGAGUCCGCAACUCAGCGGCCAACAAGCCGACAUCUUCUCAAUAGGCUGCAUCAUAUUAGAAUUGCUAUCGUAUUUAGUCAAACGAUCAUCAAGCAAGUUUGCGAGCUUUCGAUCAGCGAAACACAAGACGGCCGGCCGAGGUGGUGCAGUACUGGACACGUCCUUUCACAAGAAUCUUGGACAAGUUGAGCUAUGGAUGUCAGGUCUUGCGAAAGAUGCGACUCGAAAGUCAACAUCAAAUAAGGACGGUGCGAAUAUGCUGAAGGGUGUUCACCCUCUGCUGCAUGUCGUUACGGGCAUGCUGGCAAUGAACCCAUACGAUCGGCCACCCGCCAUCGAAGUACAACAGCGUGUUUACCAGAUUUUGACUGAAGUUUGCGACAUUUCGGAGCCACACUGCGUACACCAGUAUUCACAGGAUCUGGAAGCCUCGUUUGGUGGACUGCAAAUUCAUCCUAUUGGCGAUGGCAUAGUAGGAAGUCUGCCAAGCGGGUCCAAUACUACGUACGGAACACCACGGACAUACCAACACAGCCGAAACGGUAGCAGCGGAGGAUAUUCACAAGUGAGUCGCACGACAAGUAGUAGCGAAGCCGACGUGGACGCAAUACACCAAGUAGGGUCAGUUGGACUGCACCAAGUACGAACGCAAAGCUCAUGGCCGCGCAAUGUGGCAUAUUCACAAUACCCAAGAGUAUCGCAAUACUCGGCAGGUCAAUGGGAUACUCACACUGCAUAA